AUGUGCAUAAAGCUCAUCACCUAUCUCCUGCCCCUGCCGGGCAAUACCCGGGGCGUCAUGAUGCUCCAGAUGAAGGAACUCAGGAACCGAGUGCGGGACUGCUCGUGCCGCUUCUGCUCGUGCUCUUGCGGUGAAACGAGGUUCUCUCAGAUGCGGAGAGCACCUCCCUACGACGACUGCGUAUACAACGACGCGCUGUUUCUCGACAAGGACGAGCGCGGAGAGCCGUACUGGGUCCGCAAGAGCGACGGGUGGCGGCCGGCCACCGACCCCUGCCCGAACGACGUCGGCGACCGCCCCAGAGAACGAGAGAGGCAGGAGGUGCCGCGGCAACAACCGCGGCGGCAGCGGCGGCGGCAGCGGCCUACACGGGCGGAGACGCCCCCGCAGACGCUGAACGUAAGGCGCUGCGCGUAUCAUGGGGAGAGGCAGGUGCAAGGUGCUCGGCGGCAGUCAUCCCCGGCUCGCUACGGCCAGGAGCCGAGAGUGUCGGAGAGGGACGCUGAGUCGGAGGGGGAGGCAUGGGAUGAUCCGGAGCUGCUUAUCCCAAACGGCUACGAUCCGCCGCCUCCGUACUCGCCGCCGAGGCAUGGGUGA